UCUUUCGGCAGGCGCAACGCAUGUGCUCUUCUUCGUGACACAUGACAAGAAGUGUACUUUACAGGACAAUAAAUACUGCAGUAUUGUUUUAUUUAGAAAGUCUACGGCUCGUGAUUUGGCGAUAUACGUAAAUUAAGUUCCGUUAAGACCUUUAUCACUGUUAUAAAAUGAGUACAAUACUAGAUAAAAUUGCAGCUAUUGAAGCUGAGAUGGCUCGGACACAGAAAAACAAAGCAACAGCUGGUCAUCUUGGGUUGCUGAAGGCACGUUUAGCCAAGCUGCGACGAGAAUUGAUAACCCCAAAAGGUGGCGGUGGAGGUACAGGUGAAGGGUUUGAUGUUGCCAAAACUGGUGAUGCUCGCAUUGGGUUUGUAGGUUUUCCAUCAGUUGGAAAAUCAACACUUCUGAGCACACUGGCUGGUGUAUACUCAGAAGUUGCUGCAUAUGAAUUCACGACAUUAACAACUGUACCUGGUUGUAUCAAAUAUAAGGGUGCAAAGAUACAACUCCUGGAUCUGCCAGGUAUCAUUGAGGGAGCCAAAGAUGGCAAAGGCAGAGGAAGACAAGUAAUUGCUGUGGCCAGAACAUGUAGCUUAAUUUUCAUCGUGUUGGACGUACUGAAGCCUUUACAGCAUAAGAGGCUGAUUGAACACGAGUUGGAAGGAUUUGGUUUACGACUCAACAAAUCUCCACCUAACAUUGUCUUUCGUAAGAAGGACAAGGGUGGAGUAAACUUACAGACCUUGGUCCCACAGUCCGAGUUGGAUAUUGAUACAGUGAAAUCGAUCUUGUCUGAAUAUCGCAUUCACAACGCAGAUAUCACCCUCAGAUAUGAUGCAACUAGUGACGAUUUAAUUGAUGUCAUUGAGGGAAACCGAAUUUAUGUGCCCUGCAUCUACCUGUUAAAUAAAAUAGAUCAGAUCAGCAUUGAAGAACUGGACAUCAUCUAUAAGAUCCCACACUGCGUCCCCAUCUCAGCUCAUCACAAAUGGAAUUUUGAUGAUCUGCUUGAAAAAAUGUGGGAGUACUUGAAGUUGGUUCGCAUCUAUACAAAACCUAAAGGACAGCUCCCAGACUACGAGUCCCCCGUUGUGUUACAUUCGGAAAGACUGAGUGUAGAAGACUUUUGUAAUAAACUACAUCGCAGCAUAGCAAAGGAGUUUAAGUAUGCUCUCGUCUGGGGAUCAUCAGUAAAACAUCAGCCACAAAAGGUGGGAAAGGAUCACAUCUUGAACGAUGAGGACGUCGUACAAAUUGUGAAGAAAGUAUGAUCAUUAGAAGAAAGGAGAAUGCCUUAGGGCUCCUUGAGUGCCGUCCGAUACAUGUGUACAGAGUGCUGGAACAGCAAUCAUUUCAUUUAAACGGUGAAAAGAAUCUGGAUUCUCUGAGUGAAUGUAUGCAAGCAUUUUUAAUCAUGUGGAAAUGCAGCAGUAAAUAUGCUUGUGGGUCAAAUGGCAGAGAAUGUAACCGACAACCUGAUUUAUGAUAUAUAAUAAAUUUAAAUAAUACUCUACUGUGUCUGUUAAUUUGAUUCAUAUCGAUAGAAAAAUACUUGUAAGAAACUGAUGUGCACAGAAGUUAAGGAUGAUGCAUUUUCCUGGUCAAUGCUGACUGACGAUCAAUACAAUGGGAAGCUCCACUACAUUCAUACAGCUGGAAAACUAAGUUGGAUUACACCAGGCACUUGUCGAAUAAUCCAGCUGAUGGUACUCCAAAAA